CGACGCGUUUCCCCGCGUCUGCUUUCCGUUGACGAAGCAGCGGCCGGCUGCACACACCCUGUAUCCUCUCCUCGUCGGCCGUGACGGUGAGGGUCCUCCUGUGCGCCAACCGCAACUGUUUCCAUGCCGCGGUCGAUGGACACGUUACGCGCGCAUGGCUCUACAACUCCCACCUCUUCUACGGCAGACAAGGACUCCUCUCUUUCCUCUCAGUCGACUCGGCGGCAUUGCUCGGUACCACGAUUACAUCCGCUUCUCGGCACCUAAUGGUUCCGCUCGCAUCCCCCUCAACAGCUCGAAAGUCAUAGGCGUGGCAAAUUCUCGAGGCGAGAGAGGCUAUCAAGAAGACUUCUACGCUUGCUCAGCGCUCUCUCUCGACCCCGAAGAGCUUCGCCUGAGCCUCAAGAAGGCGCAUCAUAUCGACUGGGAUCCCUCUGCGCUCCCGCCUGCACUCGCACGUCAGGUUCUCUUCGCAGGGGUAUACGAUGGCCACGGCGGCUCUACUGUAUCUCAAUUCCUACGUCAAGAACUGCAUGGGCUCUUUGAGAAUGUGCACAAGUCUCAGAUACCCGAACUAUACGAAUGGACGCUUGAGCUAGGAGGAUACUUCAGACGGUGGAGGGGUGGGGCCCUUGCACCCUGGAUAGACCCCGACGCCCCGAGCGCCCAGUCAGAGCUCGAUCUGGAGGCGAGGGCUACGCUUGCGUUCUUCGAGGUUGACAAAGCUCUCUUCGGGGAGCAUGCAGCAAGGGACUGUGGUGCUACGGCCUCAGUAGUCCUACUGCAAUGUCUGGACAAUCCCGUCACUCCAUUCUUCACCGCUCAAAAAGUCGCUCUUACAGUCGCUCACGUCGGCGACACUCGGGUCUUGUUAACCUCCACUAAGAACGGCGAUGUCAUGCCCAUGACCGAAAACCACCACGUCGACGCUCGAGUGGAAGCAACUCGGCUGCGUCGGAUGAUGGGUAGCGGUCAGUCCAUGGACUCGUUCGGUGAGACUAGGUGGAUGGGUGCCUUGGCAAACACUCGCAGCCUGGGCGACCUGAAAUAUAAGCGCUUCGGCGUGACACCGGAGCCCGAGGUGCGGACCAAGCUAUUGAACGGCCCUGAGUAUUCGCAUAUUACCCUGCUCUCCGACGGCAUCUCGUCAGUAUGCUCGGAUCAAGAAAUCUCCGACCUCGUUCGUGGCUGCCCCACGCCAGAGUACGCCGCGAAACGCAUCCUCCGCUACGCAGAGGACAUGGGCAGCGACGACAAUCUGACGGCCAUUGUGGUGCCUCUCGCGGGCUGGGGCGGGAUGACUGGCGAAGACCGUACGCGAGACCUGCGACAAUAUCGCCGGAAACAGAUGGAGGGCUCGGAGAGGCACAAGCCUCGGUGGAUGUGAACCCUUGUGGCCAAGCCCUUCGGCGCCGAUCUGGCUGUCGCUGAUAUGCUCACUUGUCGACUGUACUCCCAAACCCAUGUUGUAACCUCCAAACAAUCUCGGACUGCCUAGGCAUAUUCUUCU